AAUUACGUGAUCUAUUUCUCCAGGUCUCAACAUCCAUUUCAGUGGAGUUAUGAAGACUGUUUGAUUAUUUAGUUUUUGUGAUUGUUUGUUACUUCCAUCAGGAGUCAGCGGUGGAGAUCAAACUGUUCAGAUCCAUCAUGGAUGAUACACAAACCUCCAGAAAUGAAAUUUUUUUUCCAGGAUUCAGCUCAGUUCAUCAGAAGAGAUCAGAACCAGAAUCCAGCUGUGUGUCUAUGAAGAGUGACAUGUCUAGGGGUCAGCCAAUACAUUUUAAGAGUGGAGAUACACUGACUGGCCUCAGCUCAGUUCAUCAGAGGAGAUCAGAACCAGAGUCCAGCUGUGUGUCUAUGAAGAGUGACAUGUCUAGGGGUCAGCCAGUAAAUUUUAAAAGUGGAGAUACACGGACUGGCCUCAGCUCAGUUCAUCAGAAGAAAUCAGUACCAAAGUGUGUGUCUAUGAAGAGUGACAUGUCUAGGGGUCAGCCAAUACAUUUUAAGAGUGGAAAUAUACAGUCUGAUCUCAGUCAUAUAGCCUCCAGCCUCAACACAUUUAGAUCAAAAUUGAGGAAGAAGUUUCAGUGUCUGAAUGAAGGAACAGCAAAGCUGGGAAACCCAACACUCCUGAAUGAGAUCUACACAGAGCUCUACAUCACAGAAAGUGAGAGAGGAGAGAUCAAUAAUGAGCAUGAGGUGAGACACAUUGAGAUACAGUCCAGGAGAGCAGCAACAGAGGACACACCUAUCAAAUGCAAUGACAUAUUUAGACCUUUACCUGGACAAGACAAACCCAUCAGAACUGUGCUGACAAAGGGAGUCGCUGGUAUUGGAAAAACAGUCUCUGUGCAGAAGUUCAUCCUGGACUGGGCUGAAGGGAAUGAGAAUCAAGACGUCCAGCUCAUCUUUCCACUUCCUUUUAGAGAGCUCAACUUGAUGAAGGAUAAAACACUCAGUCUUUCAGAUCUUCUUUGUGCCUUUUACCCUGAAACAAAAGAACUGGAAAUAUUCAGUGAUGAAUAUAAAGUGUUGUUCAUCUUUGAUGGUCUGGAUGAGUGUCGUCUGUCUCUGAACUUUAAGAGCAAAGUGAAACUGUGUAAUAUAUCUGAAUCAGCCUCAGUGGACAAGCUACUGAUGAACCUCAUUGUGGGGAAUCUGCUUCCCUCUGCUCUCAUCUGGAUCACCUCCAGACCAGCAGCAGCUGAUCUCGUCCCCUCUGAGUGUGUUCAUCAAGUGACAGAGGUACGAGGCUUCAGUGACCCACAGAAGGAGGAGUACUUCAAGAAGAAAAUCAGUGAUCAGAGUCUGGCCAAUACAAUCAUCUCACACCUGAAGUCAUCAAGGAGCCUCCACAUCAUGUGCCACAUCCCAGUGUUCUGCUGGAUCUCAGCCACAGUUCUAGAGAAGAUGUUGAGUGAAGCAGAGGGAGGAGAGAUUCCCAAGACACUCACUCAAAUGUACACACAUUUCCUGAUCAUUCAGACCAACAUCAAACAUGAGAAGGACUAUCAGAAGAAAGUUAAAGAUGAAGACAUGAUUCUCAAACUGGGGAAACUGGCUUUCCAGCAGCUUGUGAAAGGAAACCUGAUCUUCUAUGAGGAAGACCUGAGAGAGUGUGGCAUUGAUGUGACAGAAGCAACAGUGUACUCAGGGUUGUGCACUCAGAUCUUCAGAGAGGAGUUUGGCUUGUAUCAGGAUAAAGUCUUCUGCUUUGUUCAUCUGAGCAUCCAGGAACAUCUAGCAGCUCUAUAUGCACACAUUUACUUUACAAACAAGAACAGAAAUGUGUUUAAGAAAAUCAAACAAAGUCCUUUUUCUAAAAUUUUAAACCAAAAGAAAUAUCAUUCAUUAUCUGAGUUGCACCAGAAAGCUGUAAAUAAGGCCUUUAAGAGUAAGUAUGGACAUCUGGACCUUUUCCUGCGUUUCCUUCUGGGUCUCUCAUUGGAGUCCAAUCAGACUCUCUUACAAGAACUAUUGACACUGGCAGGAAGCUGCUCCUACAACAAAGAGGAAACAGUUCAGUACAUCAAACAGAAGAUCACGCAGAUUCACUCUCCAGAGAGAUCCAUCAAUCUGUUCCACUGUCUGAAUGAACUGGGUGAUGAUUCACUGAUGCAGGAGAUCCAACUCUAUCUGAAAUCUGAAAAAAUAAGAGAAACCAAACUCUCCUCUUCACAGUGGUCAGCUCUGGUUUAUGUGUUGCUGACAUCAGAGCAGAAGAUGGAUGUUUUUUACCUAAAACAUUUUAUAGGAGAACAAAAUACAGCAGAUGAAGUUCUUCAGAAGCUGCUGCCUGUGGUUAAAGAAUCCAGAUCAGCUCAGCUACAGUUCUGUAAUCUCACCGCUCAUUCCUGUAAGAGUUUGUCUUCAGUUCUACAAUCCUCAAACAUGUUCCUGGAAGAGCUGAACCUGAGUAACAAUGACUUGCAGGAUUCAGGAGUGAAGCGUCUUUCUGAUGGACUGAAGAGUCCAAAAUGUCAAAUGCAGAUACUCAGGCUACAGUUCUGUAAUCUCACCACUCAUUCCUGUAAGAGUUUGUCUUCAGCUCUACAAUCCUCAAACAUGUUCCUGGGAGAGCUGGACCUGAGUAACAAUGACCUGCAGGAUUCAGGAGUGAACCUUCUUUCUGAUGGACUGAAGAGUUUAAACUGUCAACUGCAAAUACUGAAGCUACAGUUCUGUCAUCUCACCACUCAUUCCUGUCAGAGUUUGUCUUCAGCUCUACAAUCCUCAAACAUGUUCCUCGUAGAGCUGGACCUGAGUAACAAUGACCUGCAGGAUUCAGGAGUUAACCUUCUUUCUGAUGGACUGAAGAGUUUAAACUGUCAACUGCAGGUACUGAGGCUGUCUGGCUGUAUGGUGACAGAGAAAGGCUGUGGUUAUGUGUCUUCAGCUCUGGAGACAAACCCCUCACACCUGAGAGAGCUGGAUCUAAGCUACAAUCACCCAGGAGAUUCAGGUGUCAAGCUGCUCUCCGAUAAACUCAACCAUCCAAACUACAGACUGGACAAACUCAAUGUGGAUCAAGGAGGAGAGAUCUGGAUUAGAGCAGGAAUACGCAAAUAUUCCUAUCAGUUCACCCUGGAUCCAAACACAUUGAAUGAAAACCUCCGUCUGUCUGAGAGCAACACAGUGAUUACUAACACUUCCUCAGAGCUUCAGUUUUAUCCUGAUCAUCCAGACAGAUUUGAUGUUCCUCAGGUGUUGUGUAGAGAGAGUGUGUGUGAUCAACGCUAUUACUGGGAGAUUGAGUACAGUGGAUUAUAUGUGUGUAUAUCAGUGUCAUAUGAGAGAAUUUUCAGGAAGACAGUGGAUAAGAAGCAUUUCUUUGGAUGUAAUGAUCAGUACUUGAGUUUGAUCUGCUCUUCCUCCAGAUACUUAUUCAAACACAAUAACAUAGUGACUAAACUCCCUGUAAAGCCCAUCAUCAGUAGAACAGGAGUGAAUGAGGAGAAUGACUAUGGAUUAGGAGUGUUUGUGGAGAAUUAUUAUAGAGUAGGAGUGUAUGUGGAUCACAGUGCAGGAACUCUGUCCUUCUACAGCCUCUCUGGAGACAAAAUGAGCCUCAUCCACACAGUCCAGACCACAUUCACUCAACCGCUCCAUCUUGGGAUUUUUGUUGAAUUUGGAUCAUUGAAACUGUGUUGAUGAAUCAGAACAGACUGUAGAGAGAUUAUACUUCUCAUAUAAAAGACAUUGGUAACACUUUA